AUGUCCCAGACCCUCACCCCGGAAGUCACCUGGGCUCAGCGCUCUUCCGCCGAUGACCCCGAGCGCAACUACCUCUACGUGAACAUCAAUGUUGCCGACGUCCCCAAGGCCGAUUCCGAUCUCAAGAUUACCCCCACCGAGGUCUCCUUCACUGGAAAGUCUGCCAAGGGCGUCACAUACAGUGUCUCGCUGCCCCUCUACGCCGAGAUUGACCCCGAGAACAGCAGGGUGAACCACACUGACCGCUCCUGCGAACUGGUUCUGCGCAAGAAGGAGCUCAAGGCCGAGUUCUGGCCCCGUCUCCUCAAGGAGGCCAAGAAGCUCCACUUCCUUAAGACCGACUUCGACAAGUGGGUCGAUGAGGACGAGCAGGACGAGGCUGGCGAGGAUGACUACGCCAACAACUUCGGUGGCUUUGACGGCCAAGAGCAGGGAGGUGGCCUGGGCAACAUCGACUUCUCCAAGCUCGGCGGCAUGGGUGGUGCCGGCGGUAUGCCCGACAUGAGCGCUCUUGCCGGUGCUAUGGGCGGUGCCGGUGGCAUGCCCGACCUGAGCGCCCUUGCUGGUGCUGCUGGCGGUGCUGAGGGUCAGGGUGAAGACGACGAGGACCUGCCCGAGCUCGAGGAGGCCGAUGCUAAGUCCAGCAAGAUCCAGGAGGUCUCUUAA